UAUCCGGCAACUCUAACACUGUGAACAAAUCAAAACAAAUGCACGUGCGCUGUUUUUAAAGAGAAUUAAAGAAAAACAAUGGACGAACACGAUAUAUUUAAGCUGAUUACCGCCGGAGUACGCUUCACCAAAAGGCCCAAGCCAACUGCCCCGAAGACGCAGCUGCAGCCGCUCUCUGAAGAUUCCCAGCAACUUAAGAAGGUGAAAAGGGAAGUCAAGACCAAGCAGGAUGAUGAACACACCUCAGAGUUCCGCCUGCUAGCGGAUGACACCAUCCAAAGUAAGCCUAAGAAACGUAAGGAAGCUAAGAAACUCUCCAUCGAGGAACUGGAGCGCCAAAGAGCAAUAGAUGAGGUAAAUGAGACCAGAAAGCGGCACAACAUCAGCGUGCUGGGCAAGAAUGUACCCGCGCCGUUGACCAGCUUUGAGGCACUGGUUAAGCAACACAAGUUGCUUCCCCGACUGCAGCAGAACCUGCUGGGACGUGAGUUUGCACAGCCAACUCCCAUCCAGAUGCAGGCACUGCCUGUGCUUCUGCAGCGUCGGGCACUGAUGGCUUGCGCUCCAACCGGAUCCGGCAAAACCUUAGCAUUCCUCACGCCCAUCAUCGACGGCCUGAGGGCGCAUAGAACCACCGGCUUAAGAGCUUUAGUGCUGGCCCCCACCCGCGAGUUGUCCCAGCAAAUCUACCGAGAAUGUGCAGAACUAACCCGAGAAACUGGUCUUCGUACCCACUUUAUCAGCAAGGUAAGCGAGGCGAAGCAGAAACAAGGUGCCGAGUGCAAGCAACGCUACGACAUCCUGGUCUCCACACCGAACCGAGUGAGAUUCCUGCUGCAACAGCAACCACCUCUGCUGGACUUGUCGCACGUCGAAUGGUUCGUGUUGGACGAAGCGGACCGCCUGAUGGAAGAGGGACAAAACAACUUUAAGGAGCAGCUGGACGAUAUCUAUGCAGCGUGCUCCAAUCCAGCCAAAUGUGUGGCGUUCUUCAGUGCAACCUACACAGUUCCUGUGGCCAAAUGGGCGCUACGUCACCUCAAGAACCUAGUGCGCGUCACUGUUGGAGUCCAGAACAGUGCCACGGAUACUGUUCAGCAGGAGCUGUUGUUCGUGGGUUCUGAGAGCGGGAAAUUAGUCGCCAUGAGGGAUCUGGUUCGCCAGGGACUGCAGCCGCCGGUGCUCGUUUUCGUACAGAGCAAGGAGAGAGCCAAGCAACUCUUUGAGGAGCUACUCUACGAUGGUAUCAACGUGGACGUGAUUCAUGCCGAGCGCAGCCAGCAUCAGCGAGACAACUGCGUGCGUGCCUUCCGUGAAGGCAGCAUUUGGGUGCUCAUCUGCACAGAGCUGAUGGGCCGCGGUAUCGACUUCAAGGGGGUUAAUCUGGUAAUCAACUACGAUUUUCCGCCCACCACUAUCUCGUACAUCCAUCGGAUUGGUCGAACGGGACGCGCUGGGCGUCCAGGACGAGCCAUCACAUUCUUUACUCAAGAGGACACGGCCAAUUUAAGAAGCGUUGCUCAGAUUAUAAAGAACUCUGGCGGCACCGUUCCGGAAUACAUGUUGCAAAUGAAAAAGGUUCGAAAAUCGGAGGCCAAGAUGCGAGCCAAGAAACCUUUGGAUCGGGAAGAUAUAACGACGAAAAUACGCCCCGAGGGGGACAAAAAAGAGGAUAAAAAGUCAGUCAAACUGAGCAAACUUGAAAAAACGGAAAAGAUUGUGAAAAAACGACCAGGAGAAAAGAAGGACCAGAACUCUAAAUUAAAAAAGAUCAGCGAAAUUAAAAAGAACCUCAAGACGCCCAAGGGCAAGAAAGGGAACUUUUCAAAAAUAAAAAAGGCAUAAGGCUGAGAAUAAAAACUUUA